CCUAUUUUUUAAGGAAAAACUUAAAGCCUUGUGAUUGGCUAAUUCAAGAUAAGGUAAUUAGUAGGAGUUAUUAGUUAAAAAGUUGUUAGGGGUAUUAAGGAGAAUACAAUUAAAUUAAAACAUGUCUAUUGUUUUAAAAAACCCUAAGCUAAGAGACGGUUUAUUAUUUUCAAAAACCCUAAGAUCCAACCCGUCGUCCCUUCUUCUCCGUCAACGGCGAGUCCGGCGCAUAGUCCCUCACGAGCCCGUCGAGUUCCCGUCGUCCCUUCUUCUCCGUCAACGGCGAGUCCGGAGGCAAUCGAAAGCCUUAUCUCGAGUUGCCGGCCGGUCUUGGAAAGUCUUUCAUUAUCGUAUUUCGAUAGUUUAGCUCUAACUGUUCGUGCUCCAAAUCUUAAGUACUUGUGCUUGGAAGGUGAAUACACAGAUAUAUGCCUUGAGAAUACUCCACAAUUGCUUGCAAUGUCGGUUGCUAUGUAUAUGACUGAAGACACUGCUGAGCACUUUGAGCAAAGCUCCAGUUGCAACUUCAUGAAGUUUCUUGGUGGCGUUCCUCUUCUCGAGAGGCUUAUUGGCCAUAUCUACUUUACAAAGGGCUCUUCACAUACCUCAGCUGCUACGGAAGCCACUGACUUGGCAUUCUGGGCAAAAGAAUGCCCUAAAGAUUGCACUUUUAAACAUCUCAAAUGUGUGACGAUGACUGACAUGUCCGGUGUGCCCCACGAGAUGAUGUUGAUCAAGUUCGUGCUUGCAACUUCGCCAGUGCUGGAGGAGAUGAGCAUAUCGCCUUAUGUGUAUGUCGUGGACUGCAGAAAGAACAUGUUGAUCGAGUUGCUCAAGUUCCGCCGUGCUUCUGGUCAAGCUAAGAUCUUAUUCGUCCAAGAUUAACAUUGAUUUACAUAUCAUGUGAACUAUGACUUCAGUGUUCAUUUCCUUUUUAUUAUUUCAUUCUUGUAGAUAGACGAUAGUUCAUGCAUGCAUGCAGUUGCUCUUACCCUGUACUGACAGCAAUAGUAUGGAAAUACCAGAGUUUCCUUUAAAUUACUGAAUAGCAAAUGACUUAUCAAAAGAAUUUUGCAGCUAGUUCAUUUCUCUUUGGAUACAGGUCAAUUCAGUGCCUGCCAUCAAAUUCGUUUGAACUAUUUUUUCCCCUUUGGUAGUUCCCUACAUUUUCGAUAUUUCCUAAUCAAGUCCCUAACAGCCUUUGGUAGUUGUUUGUUAAAGUGGGUCUACAGUAAGUACAUGCCUAAUCAGCUUAAACUUCAUCCAAAUUGACCCUAUGCCAAAUAAUAGAAAACCUAUGGAAAGCGACUUGAUUAGGAAAUGUCGAUAACGAGGGGAUUACCAUAGGUUAAGAAAGAUAUUAUUAAGGA